AUGGCGUCGAAAAAUAUCACCAGUGACAGUGGCAUAAGUCUUUUUCCCGAGAAACAAAAAACACAAAUUGCCGUCAGGGUAGCUCAGUCUAGCAGUGAUAGCGAGGGCAGCUCAUAUGAAGGAACAGCACGUGACAAUCGGAGCAGCAGGAGGACUUCGCGGAUUCCCAUUCAAGGUCUCCACCAGAGUAGCGUAAGUGACGUAUCUGAAGAUGGUCAUGAGAAAACAAAACCAACAGUGACCGAUUCAGGUGGGAAACACUUUUAUUUACCAUUGGAGACAAAAUUUUUUCCGUGCGCUACUGUUAUAUAAAUUUCCCGCGUUUUCAAGGUGAACAACUACACACGACUUUAUCACGGGUGAAUCUACAGUUCCUUGGAUCGAGAGGGAGUUGCAUUGUUUUUGACAAAUGACACUAGACAUUCUCGUUCAAUUUCAAAACACGCUUGAGUUGGGAGAUCUUGGGAGGUAUAACAAAAGAAUUUUCCGGACCCUUCAUUUUGGAGAGAGAGAGUAGUACACUUGGACCGAGAAGUUGUAUCCUGGAGGCGACACAAUAUAUGGGUGACUCGUGUUGUUGGUUCUCUCCCUUGCUCUGCAAGAUUACACCUAGGAUACUUAAGUUUAAUAUAUUACUUUUCAUUCAUUUAUUUAUUCAAUUUCUUUUUCGUGAACAUUUUUGUUGGUAGGGAUCAAUCUGAAGCAAGGACAAGUCAAAAAACUGCUCGUAAAGGAAUCGUCUACUAAGACAAGUAAAAUCGCACCUUUUGAAGGAAAAAGGAACAAGAAGCCUAAAAUUAGCCUGAGUCCUCGAGAAACAAGAGCAAGUACAUUAAGAAAACAAGCCCAAAUAAAAAAGACGAGCUCUUUGGAUAGCAAGAAAAAUGUUAAUCAGGUAACAUUUUUUUAAACUUUUAUUCAGGGAGUUUGCUAUAAAAAAAUCUAAAAAUACGCUUAAGGGUCAGGUAUAAAAUACUGUUAUUUAAGUGCUGAUCAACCUAUUAAACUAUCAUAAAUUCUUGUUGACGAUCCAAUUCUAACUUAACACUCCUGUUUAGCAGGCGUUAAAAGGGAAAGAGAAAGCCGGGAAAGGGCCGGGGAAUUUGCGCGCGCGCCAAUCGUGCUCUCGCGAGUCCCUAUCCGAGCAAGAUCUGGGCAGGACAAACCUGACAAAACACCACAUUGAUACGGGAAACGCAAGACCUAUCAAACAGCAUCCCCGCCGCACCUCACCGGCAAAGCGUGUAGAAAUCGAGAGGCAAGUUGAAGACUUGUUGCAGCGAGACAUUGUUAAGAAAUCAAGCAAUCCGUGGUAGGAAAGUGAAUGCGAUAGCUAUCAAGGAUGCUUAUCCGCUAUCACGCAUUGACGUUUCUUUGAGCGCGCUUUCCUUUUGCAAAAUGAUUCAGCACGUUGGAUUUGUGUUCAGGGCACUGGCAAGUCCCCAUGGAUCCAGCUAGCAGUGGAAAGGCUGCCUUCGUGACUUCCUAACGAUUGUAUGAGUGGACCGUCAUGCCUUUUGUGUCUACGUCAUCACCAAGUACUUUUUAGCGGUUAAUGGAACUGAUCUUGUCAGGACUUAAAUUUGAGACCUGCUUGAUUUAUUUAGAUGACUUCAUUGUGUAUGGGAAACGUUCGUAGAGAACAUGGAACACUAAGAGGUUUUCGCACGGUUUAAAUCUGCUGGACUUAGGCUUAAACCAAGCAAAUGUGUGCUGUUACAGUAGAGCAUCACGUACAUGGGCCACAUUGUGUCCGAAAGUGUUAUCGAGACAGACCCGGCUAAGGAAGAACGCGUCUGCGAUUGGCCAGUGCCAGAGAAUGCGUAUGACGUAGAGGUUCUUAGGACUUUCCAGCUAUUAUCGGCGCUUUACUCUUAGUUUUGCUAAGUGACCAGACCGCGUUACAAACUGAGUGAAGCUCAGACAUGUAGACUAUGCUUGGACUCCUGAGUGGCAGUCGUCAUUUGACAAGUUGAAGAUCCUAUUGUCAACUGCCCCAGGUGGAGUCUGAAGGGUUUGAGACAGAGUAAACGGAAAAGUAAGACAAACAGGGUGAAACAGAGUUCUUGUCAGCUAAAACUGAACGCUGUCCACCAAGUCAGCCCGACUCUAAAUGAAACACCAUCCGAUGGGAGUCAUCUUUGACUCGAGAGUACCUUAGUGGCCUACAAAGAGAGGAUACCAGCCUCAAGGUCAUAAUCCAAUUCAAGGAGGCAAGCGCUGUGAGGCCGAAGUUAGAGGAUGUUUCUCCAUAUGACCGCCCUGUGAACACACUUUUGGCCCAAUGGGCCAGCUGGAGUUCCGAGUUCAAGUAUUAUGUUGGAGAUGGGAAGAGGAAAGUGGUUCCAGAACCAAGUGCGAGAUCAUCCUCCCCUGAGAACUUGCAAGAGACGGCACUAAGAGCACACCAUAAGCAUACUACUGCGUGUCACCGGGAUGUUAACAAAACACUUGGAGCACUCAGGGAUCGAUACUACUGGCCAGGACUAACUUCACACUUUAAGAAAUGGGUCAGAGCUUGUCAUGAGUGUGGAGCCAAAAAUAACUGGGGUAAGAUUAAAGCAGUAUGUGGUCAUUGACUCCUCGCGGGAAUAAAUUUGUUCUUGUCGUAACGGACUACUUCACAAAAAAGGCGGAAAGCUAUUUUAUCCCGAACAAAGAAGCUUCCACGGUAGCUGAGAAGUUAAUGGGUGAAUUUAUCUGUAGUUUUGGGCUUCCAAGGGAGAUACACAGCGAUCAAGAGGCUAACUUUGAGUCCAAAGUUAUGCCAGAAGUGUGUAAGCUCUUGGAAAUUGAAAACACGAGAGAACACGGCCAGGUAGAAUGUUACAACUGAUCUUUGAUGGAAAUGCUUCGAGGCAAGUUGAAAGAGAGUCAAGACGAUUAGGACUUACAACUUCCCACGUGCAUGACGGCGUACAGGAGUUCCGUCCGUACGUUUUUGUAUCUUCGCGGCUCAAGAGUUCGCCGUCUACAAGGAAACUAGGCACCCUAGCACCUUACACUGUGGACAGUGUUCUUUAAGGGAGGGAGUAGUGUAGCGAAAGCUUAUAGCGUCUAUACCCCUGUUGGGGAAUUUCUCCUCCCCAGUCUACAAGGGGGAUUUUGUAAAGUAGUUUUACGGAUGAAUAACACAUGGCUGCUUGUUGAACUGUUGUGUUUGUUAUGUAUACGUUUAUGUGUUCACAAAUGAGUUCACCGCACUCUUCAUAACAUGGGCUCAUAUCAUAUUUAAUAUGUACAGCUUCAGGAAUCAGAGGCAUAAAACUUAUUGGUUAAUUGACAAUAUAAAUUACGGAACAAAUACAUUGCCAAAUGCAUAAAUAUUAUAUAAAUGGUACUAAAGUAAAUAUCCUGAACAAAACAGAAAUAAUAUAAUAAAAUAUCCAAAUAUCCAAAUAUCAGUAAAAAGUCAAUAGAAACUAAUAGACCUUUCCUGCAUUCCUGUAAACAAAGGCACCAACUCGAGGCUCAGGUAGAUAAAAUACAGUGAUUUGUAUGAAAUUGUCCACCAAAGCCUCGUCCUCACUUCUUUGUGUUUGCUCACUGGAGAUGUAAUGCGGGAAAGGUCUAUGAAAUGCGAAGUUACUUCUUUUUUAGAUAAUCUGGAGGUUAGACACUUGAAUGUUUCAUCAUUAAGUUCAAUCCAUAAUUUAGGUCCAUUAAAUGGAAUAUUAAGUUUGCCAUAAUUUGUUCGGAUCUUUUUUCAAAAAAUAUUUAGCAAAAAUCUUUAACCGUCUUUUCUUCAGAAAAAAUUGAAAACAACGUUCCUCAACAACUGCGAUAGAGGUCUUGUACGGGAAUUCACGGACGAUGAACUCCAUGAGAAAGGUGGAAGCGAGAUAGAUGAGGAAGUUGAAAAAACAGUCUCUAAGGAAGAAAAAGAAGCGCAUCAUUCCCCAUUUGAGAUGGGUGAUGAAACCAAGUAAGUUAGACUAACGAUGAUCUUUUUUGAGGCUAUUUUCACACUGUAACGGAUAGCUUUUGCACCGCCACGAACAUCAUGCCGGAUAGAACUAUUGUUCACACAUAAGAAGGCUUCUGGCAGCGCGAUUUCUGUGACGGAGCAAAGCUGCGCUGCGAAGCGCGCAUCUCAAGUUAAAAGUGGAGCGUCACGUGUCGGAUAGUUUUUGCGCCAUACUUUGGUCAAGUGUGAACACCUAUUCGCACACCGUCGCGGCAGAAAACGUAAAGGAGCGAGGACUGAGACUCACUGAAACGGAAGUAAAUAUUCAGGAGUGAGGACUGGAAUUUAGGGCACCGUGCCCUCUACGCCAAACGCGCGUGCAUGACGUUCGAUGUGUUGUGAACAACUUGUGUCGCCUCAUCCGGCGCCUAAGGCUGUUCAUACUAUAAUGGAUAGCUUCUCGUGGCGCCAUGAAACGCUAUCCGUUGUAUGAACAUAGCCUAAAGCAAUUCGCCCGUCCAUGAAUAAACAUAUAUACAGUCGAACCUCCAUUUGCGAUCACCUCCCAUAAGCGAUCUCCAACUCAAAAUACCAAAAUUUUCCCAGUCAAAACCUUACAGUUGGAACCUCUAGUAAACCACCACCUCUUGUAAGCGACCGCGACCACCUUUUGGUUCUGAUGGUUAAUGGUUUUCCAUGGUUUUUAACCCCUUAUUAUACACCGCUAAAAGUAUGUAAAUAUUCAAAAGCGUUGAAAAAAGGUGACAAACACGAUAUACUACAAAAUUCGGCCAACUUAUGUAUCUGUUCCUUUGUACUCACUUGAAUUUUUAUUUAUUUAUGUAGUGAUAAAGAUAAUGAGCACUCGUUGUCAGAGGAUACGCCAUCUUUUGAUGCAAGCCUCUUGCCGCUCAGCCCAGAGACUGCUGUUGUUACAGAAAUGUCACAGAUCGGCUCUCAUCAGGACAAACGUUUGGUCGCGGAGUUUAAUGGUGUAGUAGAGGAUGACCAGGUCACUUGUGAAAACAACAAGUACGUAUGACAUGAUGUUUAGACCACAGAGUGUCACUGAGAGUUAAUUGCGUCAACAAAUAACAACGUUCAAUCAUGAAACAUGCAUACAUACGAAUAAAAAGGUCUGAUUUGCUUUGUUUAGAAAUUUUUAUCGUACCAGUCUGUAUUGUCUUGGCUUCAUGAAAGUUUUCGUGCAUUUGUUUUCUGCUAAGGUAAAAAGGAAAUAUUGCGUUUUGCUGAUCGAUGUCAGCCUUCUUUGAGUUAGCAGUAUACUUAUUCAUUUUGUCAUCCUUCAAGUGCAAAUACCACUGACAACUCAAUUUCCUAUGUUAUUCUUAUUUUCAAGGGAGGAAGAGGUAGGCUCAAUACAGUUGAAAGAACAGCUUGCGGUGGAUAGAAAGGAAGAGGAGGUAGAAAACAAUUACUCAGAUGACAGCUUCGAGGAAGGAGACGAUGAGGAGGUGUCGUCUUCAAUAGAGGAACGAACUCCAACAUUUGAGUUUAACUUGUCACCACCCAGCAUUAAUAUUAGCGAAUGCAAGGACUCAAAUCAGUCCUUGGGUCAGGAAAAGAUUCCCCGUGACAACGAAGAUGACACUAUCUCGGACAUCAGUGAUCUCGAAAACCAGCCAGUAUCAUGCGAAGAAUCUACAGACAUCAUCACCAGAGGGUCUUUACGGAGACGAAGGAGCAGCUGGGCACUGUUUGAUGAUGAUCCUGCAAGUGAGACAGAGUGUAAAGCACUAAGGGACGAAAUGUUUGAAGACUGUGAAACCAUUGAAUACGAACGCCAACACUAUUUUGGCGACGCUGAAAUGGGCAGUGAAAGGAAACAUUUUGAUGACGAAGAACUAGACCGCAUGGAUGACGAAAUUUUUGGGUUGCUCCGUCCCUCUGGUCAGUCUUCCAGAGCUUCUAUUGUUUUUCCUGGCGACGACAUUGUAGGCUCCCAGAGAGACACCUCAUCUAGAAAGAGAAGGGUUCGAAUAGCUAUUGAGCCUGAAGUGUUCCUGGUGCCAUUUAGCUCAAGAGAAUUUGAAGAACCAUUUUUUGAAGACACUGAAAACACUCCGGAGGAGACGGAAAAAUAUGAGUUUGGACCGUGGAAAAAUAUGAGUUUGGACCUGUUUUAUGAGGGUUCUGAAGAACGUAAAGAUGACGGUGAUGAUUGUAUUGAGGAAGAUAUACCUGAGGAAAUCUGUACGGACGAUCCUAGGUCUGAGAAUGAUUACAACGUAGGUUCUGAAUCGAAUGGUCUGCUUAAACAAGGCAGUUUGUCGACGAAUGUAGAAGACACACAGAUCACUCCUGAUGUAAGUCUCACCCGUGAGAAAGAACUUUUUAACAACGACAGGGAAACAGCAGAAGAGGGCAAUGGCUCUGUUGGGGCGGAUGAACUCAUGAAAGGUAUUUCCGUUCCUACAGUCCAAAGACAUUUGGACUUCAAAACCGAUCCACAAUCUAAGGCAUUUGCUGAUGAUCUGGACGAUUUGCUUGAUAGUGCAGAGGAAGAAAUACAAGCUGCAAUCCGAUGUGGCAAAAUUAAUCUUGCUGCAAAGGAACAUUUGCAUUUACCAAGCGAGAUAAGUGGUUCUAAGGAGGAAGACCUCAGCCAUGGUAUUGAAAACCCCCCUGUUAGUAUUCAAGGCAGGGUGCAUCUCCCAGAUGAUGAAGGAAAAAAGGACAUUUCCAUGGAUGAACAAGAUAGCCUGCGUCGCAGGGAGCAGGAAGAGAUCCCAGAGGAAAGCAUUUCUGAGGAAAUAAAUCUUGAAGAGUUUGAUAUAGGAACCCAGAGUUUCUUUAUAACCAGUACCGUGGUAACAAGUAAAGAUGAAACCUUUUUUAACACAACAGUUACCGAUGAACUGAAACUCGAUGGCAAAGGUCUACUGAAACCCGUCACGGAGCAUGAGCAUCAUUCAGAAAACAAUUCUGAUGAUAUAAAAGGGAAUGAUCAAGUUCAGAAGAAAGACAUAUGCUUGGAAUCUAAUUCAGAUACAAUUCCAUGUCAAAAGAUGUAUGCUACUGAAUCAAUUGCUUUCAAGGUCAGGCUAGACAAUGCCGAGCAGAAAGAGUUCCAAACUAUGAAAGAGGGAACCGAAACUGACAUAAUUCAAGAAGAUUACGUGGAACAACAGAAAACGUUUGAUGAACAAGCCGCCUCGAUGACUUUUGGGAACGGAAAUGUCCUUAAGGCGGCACAGGGAUACGGAAGUGGUGAAACGUUUCAUUCCACCGAGGGAGAAGACGAUGAUAAAGAAUGUGGCCCUGCAGUUUCUGAACAAAAUAGCCGUGAUAACGAAAAUGCUUCUCAUCAUGGCUUUGUAACACAGGAAAAGGGAGAGCAUUUAAUUAGAGAUGAUAGCCUAUAUAAUGUGACAGACCAAGCAAUCGAUGAAUCUUCAAAUACUAGGAAAGACUGCGAAAUUAAGAAAGUGAAAACUACCAUGCCUGAGGUGUUGAAGAAAUCAGCAUAUACUCGGACUAAGAGUUUCAGUUUUGAGAACGGGCGAGCAGGCAAGAAAGUAGCAUAUUCCGAUGAUCAGUACGUAAACGACCUUCACGCGGAGAUCAAGGCUUUAAGGAAAAUCAACGAUCAGCUUAGAUAUGAGCUGAACGAUAAAGAUGAAGAAAAAUACACCAUUGAGUGCAUGAUAAAUUCGGCUAAUAUUGAGAAUGAGAAGCUCAUGGAGCAGCUUGAUAAUCUGGAGAGUGAAAUGCAAACAUUACGUUCGGAGAAAGAAAACACUGAAUUAGAGUUAAAUAGAAGUCGCGACAGGGAGAUGGAAACUUCUCAAGGAGGGUGUUCAUUAGAGGAACUUCACCAGGAGUUCAAGGCGUUGAAAAGCUACAACAAAGAGCUUGAAAUUCAGCUAGAGGAGAACUCUAACCAAAGACGUAACAUGGAUUUUGUUGUGGAGCAAGUUAACCUUGAAAAUGAGAGUCUUUUAGAGAGAUUGGAUGGUCUGGAAUCAGAGUUGAAAGAAGCAGCGUUUAGCAAAAGGGCUCUUGAGGCCGAAAUAACAGAAUGUAAAGAGAGUCUCGAGCAGAAAAAGUACGAAAAUGAAAGUCUCUCUCAAGAACUUGAGAAGCUAAAAGAUUUACAUGCGAGAACAGACAGCAAAAUUUUGGAGCUCAGUGGCAAAAAGGCGUAUGAGAAUUUAUUUGGAGAGUCGGACACAGCGACAAGGCUUAAGUUUAGCUCAAGAGAUCAAACAAGUCUCUUCUUCUUUUGUACAGAUGAGUAA